AUGUCCUGCCCCUUCACUAAAACUGUUCUUCGUCGGCUGGAUGUCGCAGAAGACUACAAGUCCCAUGCCGCUUUGCACUCUCUCUCUGCGGCCGGCAGUGGCCGGGUCGGAGCGAGUCUUGGGGGCGUCGUGUUGGCUUUUGGCGCAAGAGGCACGGGACUUGUGCAUGAAAAAGAGGCCCUGCACUGCCCCUGCGGUUCCUGCCCGGAGCAGCCCGGUCUGGUAUUCAAGCUGGGAAAGUCUGAAUUUUCUCAACAGGGUUUUCAUGUGAGUGAGAGGAUCCAGCAUCUCGCCCAACCAAAGAAAAUAGAAGACGUUUGGAACUAUUCUGGCCGGCUGGUCUGCGGAAACCAAGAAACCAUCUGGCCCCUCUCCUCAAAGGCCCUGACAUGCCAGCCCAACUCGAGAAUCCUGGACCUGGCAAAACCCAAGAAGAAGUUGGAACAGAAAAUGCAGUACAGGCCUCUCCAUGUGUACAGCUGCGGUCGGGACUCUGAAAUCUGGGAGCAGCCUUUCAACACAUACGAUUGCAUGCCAUCUGAACGGAUAUUACAACUAUCAGAACCAAAGUUGUGCUCAUCAAUCUAUCUGGAACGGAGGCCGCGAAGCUCUCCGAUAUGGUCUGUCAGCCCAUCAGCACUUCAUUGUAAAGCUUCCCAGCGGAUUCUGGAAAUAUCACAGCCGAGAAGCCUAAACCCAUUCUUCGUCCUUCCGAAAGAGCCUGAAACACCCAUUACACGUGCUGCCCGGACCACGUCAGCAUCCCCACGGACACAACGUCUCUCUCAGCCAGUAAUCAAGAGGGCCAUUCCCUGCUAUGAAAACAGAUGCAUGGAGGCUCCCAUCCGAAAAGUAACCCAGGCCGCCCUUCAAGCGAUCCCAACUCCAAGACUAGAAGAACUCGCUAGGCCUAAAGUGACCUCGAAGAGCUCCCCUGACCGUAAUGCCGAGUGGCCCGUGACAUGGGCAGCAAAGAAAGCCAUGGCUUCCCCGAGACUUGAGGCACUUGCUCAGCCUCCCAGAAGGGCCUCCGCUGACGUUGUACAAUUCAACCCAGAAGCUUUCACGGUAAAGGAAUCAGCUAAGAACGCGCGCUGUACAGAGCGGAUCAAGAAGCUAGCAGAGCCCAUUUUGCGCUGA